AAGUACUAAAUUCAGAUACGAGUCGGUCUUGUUAGUCUCCAGAGUGUAAGCUUUCCUUGUUUCCGCCAAUUUGGAGUUCCCCAAACUCAGGAAAAUAUACAGACAGAGAGUCAAUACAGAGGAAAAGAACAGUGUGAUUUUCCCCCCAACUCCCCUUCUUCCCAUUUUCCCCAUUCUCUCUCUAAACUAGUAAUAAUCACUUAUGGGGUUUCCACUUUUUCCUUCAAAGUUUUCAACUUUCUCAUUCUUUCCUGUCACCCUUCUCUCUCACACGCGUAUAUACCCUAAAAUUACCCUUCUUUUUCUUCUCUUCUUCUUCUUCUUUGUACAAUGAAGAUUUAGCUUUUGGUCUUCUUUCAGAUAAGGUAUGCUGCAUACCGAAUGCAGUAAAGAGGUAGUGGCCAAGUUUUCUGUCUUGGAAUUGAAUAUGAUCAACAACCAUUUUGGAGAACCUCUAAUGGACUGUUCCAUUUGUGUUCUUCUUUCUUAGAUAUGCUUUUAGAAGCAAUGGGCAGGUUGCCAGGUACUAGUGAAAUUACCGAGUCAAUAGAGGACUUAAAUCCUGCAACCGGUCAACAGUAUUGUAUGAAGGAUGAUAUUAACAAAUUGUUUGAAGCUAUAGAAAUUAGGACUUGCCAUAGAGGUGUGAAUAAGUCAGAAAGGGGUGUCAAAGAUGUUUUGAGUAAAAGCGCAAUGAAGAGACCAAUGCGAUCUAGCCCCUCUCGAGCAUCAGGUUUUGAUAAUUCCGAGCCUGCAAGUUUGAAGCAGGCCUUCAGAGGAUUAUGCAUCUCUCAGGCAUCAGAGCUUGCGGCUGUGAAGAAGCGGUCAUCAAAAGCAUCCAGGCUGUCGGGCUUCUCAGAGACUGGGGCUGCCAAAAGACUUUACAGGCCUGUCGUUGUUCCGACUAAUGGCCCUGAACAUACUGUCAAUGAAGGUAUAGGGAAUUUAGUGCAGAUUUCCCUUAUCCCGGAUAGGAGUAUGUCAAAUACUUCUGAUAAGAUUACUGAAUAUGAAAAUGUGUCCAUUAAAGAAAAACCUACUUAUGAUGCAUUGGAACACAGCGCAGAAAUAAGAGAAAUUUCAGGUGGAAAUGAGGUUUUUCCUCACUCAACUGAUAUUGGUUCUGGUUACUUGAAAGAAGUGUCGGAGCAGAAAUUAUUUUUGGAACCACCGCAUUAUUCAACUGCCAAUAAAGUGGAAGCCGAAACGAUGCCUGCCUUAGAUGAAGUUCCAACAACUGUAAUUCCAUCAGAUAAAGAGCAGGCACGAGAUUUAGAUCGUGUUUCUUGUUCAUCUACUGGAAAUAAAGUCAUCAGACUUACGAGACCAGCUUCCAGAAGCAGAACCUUUGUUAAGAAGAAAGUUAUUUCUGCUCUCACCGGCUGUUCCAAGCAAUCUAAUGGAGGAACUGACAAUGAUUUGAGUUGUAGUACAAGCGAGAUACCUUGUCAAACACCUGAAUAUGUACUAAAGAAUGAUCAGAAAGAAGAGGAUAAGGAAUCUUCAGACUCAUGUGGUCCAAAUAGCAUAGAAGUUAGCUCAAGUGUUACUAAACCUGGUCUCAGCUCAAGCAGUUGUAACAGAACAAGAAGUAUAGUUACAAAAGGCGAUGAAAGAUCAUUAUCAAGAGAAAAGGGGGAGAUAUCUCAAAGUUCAAAGAGUAGCAUCGGGGAUUAUAGCAGCACCACAAGCCUUAGCGAAGAAAGCUAUCGCAGUGGGUCUAGUCGCAGUGGAUAUCGGCCUCAUAUGUCCAAAGAUUUGAGAUGGGAAGCCAUUCAUUGUGUUCAGAAGCAGCACGGAAACAUUAGUUUGAAGCAAUUUAAGAUGCUUAAAAAACUUGGUGGAGGGGACAUUGGGACUGUUUAUCUAUCUGAGCUAAUGGGCACAAACAGUGUGUUUGCUGUGAAAGUUAUGGACAAUGACUUUCUGACCAGCAGGAGGAAAAUGACAAGAGCGCAGGCUGAAAAAGAAAUACUGCAAAUACUGGAUCAUCCGUUUCUCCCUACACUCUAUGCUGACAUUACCAAUGACAAAUACUCAUGUUUAGUGAUGGAAUAUUGUCCAGGAGGUGAUCUGCAUGUGCUCCGGCAAAAGCAACCCAACAAGAAUUUCUCUGAACAAGCAGCCAGAUUUUAUGUAGCUGAAGUUCUUCUUGCUUUGGAAUACCUUCACAUGCUUGGAGUCAUCUACCGAGACUUAAAACCAGAGAACGUCUUGGUUCGAGAAGAUGGUCACAUCAUGCUCUCCGAUUUUGACUUGUCUCUCAGGUGUGUUGUUAAUCCUACAUUGGUGAAAUCAUCUACUCCUGUCGUUAAGCCUCCAAAGACGACGUCUAGUCCAUGCUCUGAAUCUAGCUGCAUAGACCCCUUUUGCCUACAUCCGUCCUGGCAAGUAUCCUGCUUCACCCCUAGAUUUUUAUCCGCAGCAGCUAAGACACGUAAGCUAAAGGCUGACAUAGCUGGACAAGUCACACCUUUGCCACAGCUCAUAGUGGAGCCCACUGAUGCCCGAUCCAACUCGUUUGUUGGCACCCAUGAGUACCUGGCUCCAGAGAUUAUCAAAGGAGAAGGUCAUGGCAGUGCAGUAGAUUGGUGGACCUUUGGUAUCUUUCUUUAUGAACUGUUAUAUGGAAGGACACCUUUCAAAGGACCAGGAAAUGAGGAUACAUUAGCGAAUGUGGUUUCUCAGUGUCUUAAGUUCCCUGCAUAUCCUGUGGUUAGCUCUAAUGCAAGAGAUUUGAUCAGACGGUUAUUGCAAAAGGAACCAGAGAAUAGGUUGGGAGCUGAGAAAGGGGCUGCAGAGAUAAAGCAGCAUCCUUUCUUUGAAGGACUGAACUGGGCGCUAAUACGAUGUGAAACACCUCCAGAACUGCCUAGAUUCUGUGACUGGGGAAAUGUAAUCCCUGAUGCCAACCAACAGAACAAGGAGAUUGCGAAGUCUCAGAAAGAAUUCAAAAGUAUAGGAGAGGAUAUUGAGUUUGAGAUGUUUUAGCUAUACUAGACCUGAGAAUGGAUAGGUUUGUUUUUCUUUCUUUUUUUCUUCUCUUCUUCUUUUUUAACACGAUAUCUCUGUGCCAUGUAAGUAGUAUAUAUUUCAUUACUAUAGCAUAGUGUAGAAUCCAGAACUUUAAAGAGCACGAUAAACCAUGUUUUUAUAAUGAUGUGCUUGGGAGGGGAGUGAUGUGAAGCAGCCAGGAUGAAAAAUUGGAUAUAAAGAGGAGGCUCCAACAAGGUUUCAGAUUUUGCUAUUUAGCUGAGAUGCAGUUGCUUUGAUCCUUUU